AUGUUUAACGCAGCAUGUGUUGUUGCAGGUUUCUGCAUGUUUGUGCUGAGCUUGGUGAAGAAGCACUACCGCCUGCAGUUCUACAUGUUUGGUUGGACUCAUGUGACUCUGCUGAUCGUGGUGACUCAGUCUCACUUCAUCAUUCACAACCUGUUUGAGGGGAUGAUCUGGUUCAUUGUGCCAAUUUCCUGUGUGAUCUGUAACGACAUUAUGGCCUACAUGUUUGGUUUCUUCUUCGGGCGCACCCCUCUCAUCAAGCUUUCCCCUAAGAAGACAUGGGAGGGAUUCAUCGGUGGAUUGUUCUCCACCAUAGUGUUCGGCAUCAUGCUCUCCUACGUGAUGUCCGGCUGGCGUUACUUCGUCUGCCCGGUGGAGUUCAACAACGACUCCAACCGGUUCCAGGUGGACUGCGAGCCGUCGGAGCUUUUCCAGCUGCAGGACUACACCCUGCCCUCCUUCCUGGAGUCCUUCACCGGAUGGACCACGGUGCGUCUGUAUCCGUUCCAGAUCCACAGCAUCGCUCUCUCCUCCUUCGCCUCCAUCAUGGGACCCUUCGGAGGAUUCUUCGCCAGCGGCUUCAAGAGAGCCUUCAAGAUCAAAGAUUUUGCCAACACGAUCCCGGGUCACGGUGGCAUUAUGGACCGGUUCGACUGCCAGUACCUCAUGGCAACAUUUGUUAACGUCUACAUUGCCAGCUUCAUCAGGGGCCCGAACCCCAGCAAGGUGAUCCAGCAGCUCCUGGCUCUGCGCAUCGACCAGCAGCUCCACAUCUUCAACUCCCUGAAGGCUCACCUGACGGAGAAGGGUUUCCUGCCGGCGCUGGAGGACGUCAUGGCCUAGACACCCCCCCCCCCCUCACCCACUGUGGCUCACCCCGAGGUGGAGAAGAGAGAGGAGGGUAGCACCCCGAGGACCCCCUGCUGACCCGGGACACUGGCAGUGAUUUGUGUGUGAGCGAAAAACACAUCAGAGAAAAAAGAAAAACGACAAAAAACGUCAGCUUUUGUUCAUUCCACGUCAUUUGGUCUGGGAGUCCAGUGUUUGUGAGUUACCGUACUGUUACACAUUUCCGUUAUAGACGACUUGUAUUAACACUGUUGGUCAGAUAGACAUUUCUACCUGGAUAUCCUCUAUAUACCUAUUAAUGUGUGUUUUUCAGUUUUAAUGCACUGCUCUCAACACUCACUGUACUGUAUUGUUACCCCCCCCCCCCCCCCCCUCCUCCUCCACAGAUUUUAAGUUUCUGUGUCGUGAUUGUUUAUAUUUAUACAUAGAUGUUUUUUAUAUUUGUUCUAUGAUAUCUAAAUGUCGUGUUUUAUUCAGACUCAAUUCACCUUUGCCAUUCGCCACGUGCAUUUAUAUGUGAGUUUGUUUCUGUUUUUCCUGUGUUUUUGGUGCCAUUCAUCAUUUCAUAAAAGAGACAUUGACAUAAUUUCAUCAUGUAUUAACACAAAAUAAUGUCCUGAGAAGAAUAGCUAAGUUACCCUGAAGUGUUUGACAGGAUCAGUUACAGAUACAAUCCUCCAUACAAGAAUAGUGUUUUAUUUUGAAGGCCAGUGCGACUGACAGCAGCACCCUCUCAGAAUAAUGGUCAAUAAUUUGCAGAAAAGCUCUCAGAAUACAAUCAUGAUUUUCUUUAAUUGGCUUAUUCUCUGUUACAUAGUUUUAAUCUCUGACAAAUAGCUGUUUUACCACAUGUUUUGUAAGGUGGUGGGAUUGUUGCAUCUGUUUGUUACAUUAGUAGAAACAAUAAUGGUUUCUAAACUGCCAAUAUCUGCUUCUUUAUGUUGUAAUGUUAGCAGCUUCAGGGCAGAAAUACAGAUUAUAUACAGAAUAUGUUUAUCGCUGGUGGACCUGUGUGUGUGACGGCAGCUGUGCCAGAUGUGACCUGAUUGCCAAUUCAAGAUGUUUUACAGAAAGGACCCUUUGAUAUCUAUACCAGUGGCAAAUGUUCGCUUCAUUUGGUGGUUCGAAUAUAAAAGAUUCUCUAAUGUUGA